AUGACGAUCAGUGCUGAUUUUCAUGGGACUCUAGCUGAAUUGCCCUGUAUAGUCCCUAGCUCAUUAUGCACUCCGGCUCUCAAGCAGCAAAGAUAUGAAACCAAAUUUAUCCAAACUCUUCGUGCCGAUGAUGGAGAUUCCACGUAUGUGCCAACAAAUGGUGUCUAUUCUGGCGUUGAUGACGUUGUGCAGCCUGAAAAUGGCCCAAAUGUCUCAGCGAUUCUCCAUGACGCUCGAAAUGUGGGCGUGACAAACGCGCAAAUUCAACUUGCGUGCCCUGGAGAGCCUGCUGGGGGGUUCUAUCUUCACGAGACGACGCUGGUCAACCCAAUUGCUUAUGCCUUGUUUGUGGACGCCUUGACUCACGACGGCUCAGGUGAUCUAUCCCGCAUUGAUCUUAAUACUCUUGCGACCAGCUAG